AUGUUCAAGCUGUCCGCCCUCGUUGUCCUGUGCGCCCUGGUGGCCUCCUCCGUGGCUGAGCCCAAGCCCGCCGUUCUGGCCGCCGCCCCCGUGAUUGCAGCUCCAGCGGGAGUGGUCACUGCCACCAGUUCCCAGUACGUCGCCCGCAACUUCAACGGCGUUGCUGCUGCUCCUGUUGUUGCUGCCGCUUAUACCGCUCCUGUGGCCGCCGCCUAUACCGCUCCCGUUGCCGCUGCUUAUACCGCUCCCGUUGCUGCUGCCUACUCCGCCCCUGUGGCCGCCGCCUACUCCGCUUAUCCCUAUGCCGCCUACCCCUACACCGCCGGUUACACCACCGUUUUGUAAGAGGGAUUAGCCUGGACUCAACGUGGAUUCGAAAUGCUCUAAAAAUACACUUGAUUGGAAAUAAAAAUAAAUAAA